GAAUGCUGGUUUGUCAUUUCAUCUUCCGGUCAAUUUCAUUCCAGAUCUGAGAGAGAUCUGGAAAAGAUUUGGAGAUGACCCUUAUUGCGUUUGGCUCAGGCGGAGUGGAGAGAGAGAGAUGUGCCAGGACGCUGAUUUUACAUUCAAUGAGGGAAAUACAUUGACUUUUUUUUUCUCUAAAGGAACAUGCAGCAUUUGAGACAGAAUACUUAGCUCGCUCUGCACUGCGGCUCUUGGCGCCUUAAGGAUGUCUCCUGAUGCUUGGGUUUUCUGAAGUGAAUCGAGCUGACAGUUUUAUCUCAGUAUCGUCCUCCCUCCCCAGCUCCUUACGUCUCUUAAGUCCCCGCAGUUAGCACAUUUGCUUGCAGUAGAAGGUCGUGCUUGCUGUGAGCAGCUUCAGCCCCUUCCCGGAUGAUUAUUUUGGAGACUGUCACAUCCCAUCAUAGUCUGGCAGCUCCUCCCCUGCGCAGCUUGUUCAGUUACUUCGUGUCUCUCUCCUUUUCCUCUCUCGCUUCGAAACAGACUUUUCACCCUAAUAUCGGCGAACUUUUGCUUUUGGCUUUGAGAUUUGCUUUUGGUGUUUCUGUUUUCAUUUUGUUUCCCUCCCACCUUCCUGCGAUCAGAAUUCAGUAAUUUUGGAGGCUCAGGAACGGAUUACUUCUUCAGCUGGUGUCGAAGCCCACUUCUACUAGCUGCCAGACAGAAGCUGAACAGCCCUGCCAGGAAUGGGGGCCAUUGCUGAGACAAGCUGAAGACUUGGAUCCUACAGCAGGUUCCAGGAGGAAGAGGCGGGAUGGGACCGUUUAAUGAAUGUCAGAAGGACCAGAAGGUGCGAGAGAAGAGAAGUCCACGCAGCCGCAUCCCGAGACUGGUUCUCCGCCCUUAUCCCCACAACCAGAAAGGAUCGCCUUCUUCCGAGUCCCCUAUCUCCGAGGAGGACAGCCGGGAUUACGACCUCAGCUCCGGCCAGUCCCGGAGAUCUACCACCGUCAGCAGCAUCAGCUUCUGUUCAGAUGACACAGGAUGUCCCAGCAGUCAGUCGGUGUCUCCAGUUAAAUCCCCUUCGAAGUCAGCCAGUUCCCUGACAACGUUUCCCACAGUGAGUGAAGAAGAAGAAAGUGGACGGAAGCUGAACCCUGGAACUGCAGCAGAGUGGAGCAUUCAGCACAUCAGACACAAGAGGGACCAAAAGUUAUGUCUGGUGCAGCCAGGCAGUGAGGCCGACUUUAGUUCCUCCAGUAGCACAGGCAGCAUCUCAGCCCCUGAAGGUCUUAUGUCCAGUACAGGUAGUAAGCGGAGCUCGGCUUCCCGCAGCCGUGGUGUUCACGGGAGAGGUAAUACUUCAACUGGCCUGAAGCAAUCAGGAAGCCCAACUCUCGCUCAAGAGAAAGAUCCACCAUCAGCAGUGUAUAGAAAUACAGCCACCAUUCGCGAUACCUAUGGAGCUUCAUCCCGCAGCAGUAGCAGUAACUCUGGUUCAUAUAAAGGCAGCGACAGCAGCCCAACUAUCAGGCGAUCUGGUAAAUACACUUCUUGCAGUGAUAAUCAUGGCAUUAAACCCCCAAACCCGGAGCAGUACUUGACUCCACUGCAGCAAAAGGAGGUUACCAUUAGACAUCUGAGGACAAAACUAAAGGAUUCUGAAAGCAACCUUCAAGAGAGGUGGGAAUCUGAAGUUGCAGAUCUCAAGUCCCAGCUUGCUCGCAUGCGAGAAGACUGGAUUGAGGAAGAAUGUCACCGAGUGGAAGCCCAGUUAGCGCUGAAGGAAGCUCGAAAGGAAAUCAAACAGCUUCGUGAGGUGAUUGACACGAUGAAGAACAGUUUGGUGGAAAAGGACAAAGGUGUUCAGAAAUACUUUGUUGACAUUAAUAUCCAAAACAAGAAACUUGAGUCUUUGCUGCAGAGCAUGGAGUUAGCUCAGAAUGGUGCUUCAAGGGAUGAUUCAUCUCUGGACUGUAUGUGUGCUUCACCAGUAAAGUCAUUGGCUCGAAGCACAACCUACACAAAAAUGACUGAAGCCAUGGGCCUAGAAGAUCAAGCAGUUGAAGAAAUGGCUGAUAGUGGUCUGCUGGCCAAUGAUGAUAUGGCAAGCAGGACAGAUCUCUUUGAUCAAAUUCUUAGGUCGAAACCUGCUGAAGGUAGCCCUGGAGACGGCUCUUGGUCUCAAGCCACUGAAAGGCAGGUAGCACUUGUUAACAGUGCAGCAUGUGAGAUAAUUGCGCCAAGUGGCAUGAUUUUUGUAACCAAUGAUAAUAAGCUGGUCAGGGAGCAGGCUAUCCAGACUGAUGUAGUGCCAUAUAGCCCAGACGUACAAAACCUCAUUCUGCAUAUUUUGAAAUCACAGCAUAAUAGCCCAGUCAGCCCUAUAUCUUCAACCUGGGUGUCGGAUGCCAGUCAAGCAGCAAGUGCACCACAGUUUGAAACCGUAGUCAGUGACGCCUUGCUGGAUUUGACUGCAAACAACCCUAACACUGCGAUUCUGGUGUCUAAAAUGGAAUCUGUUAACCAUUUCAUCAGCCCUGAGGCAUUCACUUACAAUCAACAAGUGCAGCACUUGCCCAGAUUAAAACAUAUGACAGAAGUUACUUGCACACCCAUGCCUGACAUAACAGAUGGUAGUGAAUGUCUUGUAUCAGAGGAUCAGCCGUCUGCACUAUGUCAGAAAAGCUACUGGAGUAGUCAUUUUAUGAUUGAUUUAUUGGCAGUGGCCGUGCCUGUAGUGCCUACUUUGGCAUGGGUACUUUCCACACAUAGAGGAGGAACAGAGCCCCUGUACAAUAUUGGGACUCUGCUGCGUGGAUGCUGUUUGGUGGCCUUGCACUCCUUGCGCCAUGCACCUCGCACACUCUUCUGCCACUCAGAUGGAAAUAAAGACACUCACUAACUGCACUUCGAUUUUAGUUUAGGAUACUUGAAGAGUCCUGGAAUUAGCUUACUGCAUCGUCUUUGUAUGUGACUAGGUGUGUUUUACCACAUCAGUGAGGUUUAAUUUGCACUGUUAAUAAGUAUAGAUAUAUUACUUGACUUAUGAUGGAAUGAGUUUACAGUGUUGCAAGCUGCUUUUGAAGAAUGGGUAAUGUGAAUGCUUUCCUUGAGUGAAGGAAAUAAAAGAAAUUUAUGUGGCCAAAGUUGAUCUGCUACUGAGCACUCUGUCAAUAGAUUUUGUAGCAGUGACAUUUUUAAAAAGGCAUGGAAAAGUGAUGUAUUUUUGUUGACGUAUAUGGGCCUGGAUCUCAAUUUGAACACUAUUGUAAUUACUAAAGUACACAAAUUCUUCACAGUUUUGAACAGAAAGUAACUGAUACUGAUCUUCUAAGGCAGCUGGCUCCAGAAUCUGCUUAAACGUAUUUUUCAACAGCUUAUUACAGCUCAGCUGUGUACUUUAUUGCUGCUUUUAGAAACUUAACAAGUUUAAUGGUCAUGCUGUACUUUUAUGUUGAUGAUAAAACCAAGUGUAACCAAAGCUUUCUGGCCUCCUGCUGUCUGUACGUUUUUGAUGGUACGGGAAUGUAUAACAGAAACCUGGAACCCCUUGUUACUGUUGUGUGGCAUCAGUACAAGCAUUGAUUAGUUGGAUCAAGUGAUAUUACAGUGACCCUGUAUAAGUAGUUGCUAUGUACAGUACAUUGACAUGUUUUAAAGUAAAGUAAUCAGUAAGAUGCUCCUAUGUAUUUGCUUCUGGCAAAAUAAAUUGCAUUUUCAUGAUUUAUGCAUUGUGUUCGAGCCAUGUGCAAUAUUGUUGAAGUGUUUAGUUUUACUUUUCUUUACUGUAUUUCAGAUGUUUCUAAAUUUAAAGUUAUAAAUUUAUUACAUUAAAGCAUGCCAAAAAG